GCAUAUAAUUGGUUGUAAGGAUUAGUGAGUGCGAUGCAAUAUCAUCCACCUAUCUUAAUAUUCAAGCGUAUGUUCUCUAUCUCUUUUCCAUAUUACAUUUGUCAUUAUCUUAACCACUUUCUCUCUUUUCAUUCUUAUUAUCUUUUUUGAUCAACUUCAUUCUUAUUAUCUUUUUUGAUAUCUGAGCAAGCAUAUCUUAGAUCUAAGCUUUCUAUCUCCAAGCCAUGGAGCAAAAGGUUGCCAUAAUGAAGCUCAAGGUUGAUCUUCAAUGUAGAAAAUGCUGUAAGAAAGUUAAGAAGAUCCUUUGCAAAUAUUCACAAAUUCGAGAUCAAUUAUAUGAUGAGAAGAAUGGCAUCGUAACCAUACGGGUGGUAUGUUGUAGUCCAGAGAAGGUAAGAGACAAUAUUUGUUGUCAAGGGGGUGGUACAAUCAAGAGUAUAGAAAUAGUGCAACCACCAAAGCCCAAAGAGCAAGAAAAAAAGCCCGAGGCCGAGAUAAAGCCCAAAGCCCAACCAGGCCCACCUAUUGUUAUUCAACCUAAACAAACAAAACCAAAUCCAACACCAGCACCGGCUCCCGCCCUAGCUCCGGCUCCAGCUCCAGCUCCUACCGCAGCUGCGCCAGCUGUAAUAUUCCCACACACAACGCCAAUGUCUAUUCUUUCAUAUCCUUCACCGGUUGUGCCUUAUGGGUAUGUUUAUGGGCCUGGACAAGGUGGGCCUGCAGAAGUUUACGGGAGGCCCAUAUAUGAUAGCUAUGGUUGGAAUGGGCCUUGUUACGCGGGCCACCAUCACCACCAUGAAUACAUGCAUGAAGAAGAGGCGCCGGGGUGUACAAUAAGUUGAAGGGUGUAUUGAGUAGAGGAUGGUUAUUAUUAAGCUUGGGAGAUUUUUAUAUAAUAACUUUAUCAUUUUAUAUAUAGAGUUUCUUGAAAUAAUUGUUGAAAGUUAAAGUUGUAUUAUAUGGUGUACUAAAGUAUAGAGCUGUGUUGUAUAUGAAUAUGAAUUUAAUAAAGUUUUGUUUCUUAA